GUUUAUAGUUUCAACAACGCUCGCUUGAAUCAAAAUUAAUAACAUGAAUCGCUGGUUAAACCGUGUGGCUGUGGUGACUGGUGCCAGUUCGGGAAUUGGUGCCGCCUGCUGCAAGGAUUUAGUGUCGAAGGGCAUGGUUGUUGUGGGUCUGGCACGUCGCGAAAGCCGCUUGCAGCAAAUAAAGUCAGAGCUGCCGGAAGAGCAGGCGAAACGCUUUCAUUAUCGCAACUGUGAUGUGAGCGUGGAGCAGCAAGUGGUCGAUACGUUUGCCUGGAUCGACAAACAGCUGGGUGGCUCCGAUGUGCUGGUGAACAAUGCUGGCGUUCUUCGCCCGAAUACGACUCUGGUCAGCAAGGGCAACAGCGGAGAUAUGCGUGAUAUUCUGAACACGAAUGUGCUGGGCGUUACCUGGUGUACACGAGAGGCAAUUCUUUCGCUCCAGCGCCGCAAGGUCAACGACGGACACGUGCUCAUUGUGAACAGCAUCGCCGGCCAUCUGGUGCCCAUUUUGCCAGAUGUAAGCCUUAAUAUGUAUGCGCCCUCCAAGCAUGCGAUCACCGCAAUGACCGAGGUGCUGCGCCAAGAGUUCCUCAACAUGGGCACGAAGACAAAGAUCACAAGCAUCAGUCCCGGCGGCGUGGAUACCGAAAUAUUCGAUAGAAGCGCAAUGUCCACUGUCGACUUUCCAUUGCUGCGCUCCGAAGACAUCGCCGAUGCGAUCACCUACUGCAUUCAAACCCCACCACAUGUGCAAAUACACGAGCUCAUAAUCAAGCCACUGGGCGAAAAAGUCUGAGCUCACACGGAGGAAGCUCUCAUUUGC